AUGAGGUUCUCGUGGUGCCUUGGAUUAACGGUGGCUCUAUUAAUGGCCUUGGAUCCCUGCCAGGCGGGCACAUUCGCUGAAAAGGUGAAAAACUUUUUCGGGAUCUUUGGUAAUAAGCCACCAUCCGCCGUGGAAGCGCCUGGACCGUGUUACUGCAGCUGUGGAUUGCGGAACGAGGAGAGCCGCAUAGUUGGCGGUCAAACGACACGUGUGAAUGAAUUUCCAUGGAUGGCGAGGCUCUCCUACCUCAACAAAUUCUACUGUGGCGGUGCUUUAAUAAACGAUCGGUAUGUCCUGACUGCGGCCCAUUGUGUCAAAGGUCCUGCUUUCAGGUUCAUGUGGUUCAUGAUCAAGGUCACAUUCGGUGAGCACGAUAGGUGCAUCGAGAAGGGGCCCGAAACCAGAUACGUGGUCCGAGUAUUGAUGGGCGACUUCAGCUUCCUCAAUUUCGACAACGAUAUCGCUUUGCUUCGACUUAACGAGAGGGUGCCCUUAAGCGACACCAUCAGACCCAUAUGUCUGCCAUCGGUCAAAGAUAACCUGUACAUCGGCACCAGGGCAAUCGCUUCGGGCUGGGGUACCUUGCACGAGGACGGGAAGCCUUCGUGCCUCUUGCAGGAAGUCGAGGUACCGGUUAUGAGCCUUCAGGAUUGCCGCAACACCAGCUACAGCCCCCGUAUGAUCUCCGAUAACAUGAUGUGCGCAGGGUAUCCAGAGGGAAAGAAGGAUUCCUGUCAAGGAGACAGCGGAGGACCUCUAAUAGCUGAACGCGAGGACAAGAAAUACGAGCUUAUAGGUGUAGUGUCCUGGGGUAAUGGAUGUGCUCGGCCAGGAUAUCCUGGGGUUUACACGAGAGUCACGCGGUAUAUAGACUGGAUCGUGUACAAUUCACGAGAGGGAUGUUUCUACUUUCUUUUAGAAUUCACUAAUAUUCGGGAUGAUGGAACAAGAGAAACACGAGGCGUCUUGGACUUUCUGCUCGGCAGGUUCAAAGCUUGCGGCAACUGCGUGUGCGGACGUCCAAAUCGAUCCGGCGAGACGCGACUCCUCGGCGGGGAAUACACAAUGGCGCACGAGUUUCCGUGGUUGGCGAACGUUCACGUGAAAUCACAGUUGUCAUUCAGCGGUGUAUUGAUCAACGAUCGUUACGUUCUAACCGCAGCUAGUCAACUCGUUAGUGUAACCGCGCCAGAAGUAAAAGUAUCGCUUGGGGAAUACGACAAAUGCAGUUUGGACGUAUCAUCGGCGACGAUCAGUGUGGAAUCUGUAUUCCUAUAUCCGGAAUACAAUCCGGGUUCCCGCGCUCACGAUUUGGCGUUGAUAAAAUUAAGUCAACCAAUUAAAUUCGAGAGAAGAAUAUCGCCAAUCUGUCUGCCGAAUCCAGGUUCGACUUACCUCGGACAAGUCGGUACAUUGGUUGGAUGGACGGUGAGCAAAACGGAAGAAAGGGACAGCAAUCAGACUUGUCGACCGCGAAAAUUAGGACUUCCGAUUUUGGGUUACAACGAAUGCAUCAAAUCCGGUCUAAAUCCUAUGAAUUUUCACAAUGACUCCGGCUGUGCCGGUGUUUUAGGCGGAACUUCUAUCGUGUGUGAGAACGACGUAGGUUCCUCUGUGCAGUAUCGUUCAUAUGCGGGCGUUUAUGAUCUUGUUGGCAUAAUUUCGGACGUAAACAAAUGCAGCAACAUUUCUGCAGUUUCGAUUUUCACCAGAGUGGGCCCGCAUUUAAAUUGGAUAUUACAACAAACCAAAGAUGCGUGUUACUGUGCUAAAUAA